AUGGCUGAUGAAAUUGCAUCAGCAAUGGAGCAGGAAAUGGUGGAAGAACAGGCUAUAAAGUGCCCAAGGCCUUCAGCAAAGAGGCAAAGGAAAGGAUCUCCUGACGCCCGAGAAGAAACAGAUAAAGGACGUGUAGACGAUAGUCUUCUGCAAGAUGCACGUAGAAUCAAAGAAAACAUCAGGGUCUACAUGAACGCAACAGACAGGAACGUGAGUGCGAAGGUACAAAAGCACGUUAAUGGGAAAAUGCAGCAGUUAAUAGAUAUAAUGGAGACAAUAUAUGAUAAGAACUAUGAAAAAACGUUUUUAGUACAACGUGUGGUAAAGGACACAUUAGCUUCCUCUGAAAUGUAUGAUAUCAUAGUAAAUGCAUUAGUGGAAAAAGCAGUACCUAUGGUUAUCGAGGGACUCAAGUCGGAAAGUAAAACCAUACAAAGACCACUGUCAGAACCUCAGACAUCUCGGGAGUUUCCAUGCGUUAAAGAACAACCGCUAUUAGCCGAUGCCCACGCUAUUAUUGAGACCACGGAGAAUGAAAGUUUCCAGGAAAGAAACACUACAGCUUUAAAAGAAAUCAGCCCACUGUUGACGUGCGUUCACACUCUAAAUACAGCGGACGUCCUCCUGAGGAAGGAAGACACUUUAAAGCCAUCGCUUAAUAUGAGGCUAAGUGUCAAGUUAUGCUUAGAUCUAGCCCAGUUCCUGGAAACCGUCCUGGGAAAGAGGCACUAA